AAAUAUACCUAAUAAAAAAAUCACUCUUUAUCAUCUUCUUUCUCAUUCCCUUUGUUUCCAAAACCUAAAAUAGUGAUAUUUUGUGCAAGCUAGAAGCAUGAGUGAACACCAUCACAACCACCACCACCACCACCGCCAUCAAUACGGCUUACCGGACUUCCGGCAACUAAUGAGCGGAAGAACCCAAUUCGAAGCUCACCCAGAAGCCACAACCGACUCAUCCUUUCUCCAAACUAGAAACAAUCUCCCCCCACAAAUAUUAACACACCAUUUCAGUCACCAUGACUCCAUUAUACCAGUCGCUAGCCAUGAACUAAUGUUGCCCGCCAGUGGCUUGAUUAAGCUGGGCCAUGACCACUACUGUACUAACACUAAUUAUACCACUACUAGUGCUGCAACAGCUACAAAUUUUGGCUCAUUUUUUGGUGCUGAAAUGGACAACGGGUGGGUUGGUAAUGAUGCUGCGAGUAGUAGUAGAUGGCCGAGACAAGAAACUCUUACUCUUCUUGAGAUCAGAUCUAGGCUUGAUUCAAGGUUUAAAGAAGCUAAUCAGAAGGGUCCUAUUUGGGAUGAAGUUUCCAGAAUAAUGGGUGAGGAACAUGGUUACCAAAGAAGUGGGAAGAAAUGUAGAGAAAAAUUUGAGAAUUUAUACAAAUACUACAAGAAAACAAGGGAAGGUAAAGCUGGAAGACAAGAUGGUAAACAUUACAGAUUCUUUCGCCAACUCGAAGCUCUUUACGGAGAAACAAGCAGCAAUCAAUUAGCUUCAGCUUCGGCAGAAACAACUACUCAUUUGCCUAAUACUACUACUGCAUUUCUUUAUCAAAGCAACACUAGUAUUAACCAAGAAAAUCAAGAAAUGACCAACUAUAAGCAUAGUGAUCAAAGCCUAAGUUUCUCCAACACAUCGGAGUUCGAAACUUCUUCUUCGGAGAACAACGAUGAUGAUCUUUCGGCUAUGGCGUUUAAUAUGAUGAACCGAACGUCGGAGAAGCAUAAAAAGAAGAAGAAUUGGAAAGGAAAGGUUAAGGAAUUUGUUGAUAUUGAAAUGAAAAAGUUGGUGGAAAAACAAGAAGCUUGGAUGGAGAAAAUGCUGAAGAGUAUUGAAGAUAGAGAACAAGAAAGAAUGUUUAAAGAAGAAGAAUGGACAAAGCAAGAGUCAGCUAAGUUAGAUAGAAUGCAUGAAUUUUGGGCUAAAGAGAGAGCUUGGAUUGAAGCUAGAGAUGUUGCUUUAAUGGAAGUUUUAAAGCAAUGUUCAAAGAAUUAUAAAGGAAUAGAAUUGUCAUCUUCUAUUGAGGAAAUUGCAAUAGCAACUCAAAGCCAUUACAAUGAAGUGAAAGCUAGUAGUAAAUGGAGUGAACAAGAGAUUUACAGCUUAAUACAAAUCAGAACAGCAUCAGAAACAAGAUUUCAAGAAAGUUCCAAAUAUUCAAAUGAUGGUUUAUGGGAAGAAAUAGCUGAAAAAAUGGCUAGUUUAGGGUAUGAUAGAAGUGUUGAUGAAUGCAAAAAUAAAUGGGAGAUUAUGAGGAAAGAAAAUUUGAGAAGUAACAAUUAUUUUCAACAACUUGAUCCUUACAAUGGACAAGAAUUAGAUAAAUCUGAGGGCAUGAAGAUUGGUCAAAUGCAUGGCAGCUUUUUUCAUCAAGAACUCUAGAGGAACAAAGAAGUCAGCAACUUUAGCACAAGUAAACCAAGAAAUUACUCAUGAAUUUCACCUUUUUUUCUUCUUAUUAAUUUUAUUAUUACUAGUUGUCUAUUUUAUAUAAGUACAUGUAGAUUAACCUUGUUAAGAUUAAGGUAACAAAUGGGAUUUGUUUAUUUGUGUAAAUAAUUAAUUAAUCGAAAACUACUGACAUUGGAAGGGUUAAAUAUUUAUACGGUUAUUGAAUUAUAGGCUUCUUAUUGAAGGACUA